GUUCAACCUCCCCAUGGCAGAGGAUGAGCUUAGCCCAGUGGCUGAGCCGGCUGAGCCCCUUUCCAAGUCUGAUGAAGCAGAGGAAGCGGUAGUGGUGGAGGUGAAGCGGUACAGAUCACCUGCAGAUCCACAGCAUUUGCAAGUCUUGGCCAGACGGUAUCCGGACUGCUUUAAAAUCAGUGCGGCAGAAGACAGAGCCAUUUCUGGCACACAGCUUUUCGAAGUGCUGAACUAUGCACUAGCUGAGUGCACAACCUGGCAAGAUGCGGAUGGGCCAACACUCGCAAUAGCUAGCCUCAACCACUACGAUGUCGUGAAGUGGGUGGUGAAACCUUCUUCAGACAAAAGGCAAUGCUCCUUCGUUGAGCUCGUGGCGAGACACGCCCAACCUUCUGAAUUCUAUGUGACACACUACUUUGGUCAACCUGUGCGGGACAUGUUGGAAUGUGUUCAGCUUCAGUUGCGAACUCGACAGUUGGGGGAGGACACUUUGUUUUGGAUUUGGGCCUAUGCUCAUCAACCAGAUGAGAGCUUCGUCCCUGAUGUUUUGCACGCUUCUGAUGCUUUCCAGGCAUUAAAAAAAUCGAGCGGAAUUCUGCUCCCAUUGGGUGCCACUUCUGUACCGUUCAGUCGGACGUGGUGCUUGCUGGAAGUCAUGCUGGGUGUACUGGAGCUUCAGAUCCCCCUGGACAUUGUAGCGUUUGCUUUGGAUGGCCCGAUCUUAUUGACUCAGAAUCUGACUGAAGUGGAAUCCAGAAUGGAAAGCAAGUUUGCCGGCACUGGCUUCCGUCAAAAGAAUCAUCGGGAACAGUCUUUCCCUGCCGAUAUUUUGGUCGCUGCACUGGACGUCAGCCUUGAAAGAUCAGACGCAGUGAGCAAGAUGGAUCGUAACCGUUUGCUGCACAAGUUCCUCGAAGAGGCAGGCGUUGAAGUGGCGGCAGUUCCAUUGAACCGUCAGUUUGAAAAGGCCAAUGUCAAGCUGCGCGGGCUCUUUGCGUCUAUGAUGUGGCUUCCAAUCGUGGAAUCUGACAAACUUCCUCGGAACACCGUUGUUGAAUGCAUCAAAGCCAAUGUCUCAAAGGACUUUUUGACGGUGAACCUCUGCGCCUCCAAGGUGGAUGAUACCCACUUGUCUCUCCUGGCCCGGUGCAUGCACAAGAACCUCACUCGAGUUGAUUUAAACUUUUGGAUGUGCCCGCGCCUAACCGGCAAAGGUGUGGAAGACUUGGCGCGGCAGAUGCCAUCUAAACUCAAGACCUUGAAGUUAAACUUCAAGCUGUCUGGAGUUGGUCAGGGUGGUGUGGAUGCGCUAGCUUCUUUCCCUGAGAGCCUCACCUCUUUGUUCUUGAACUUCAGCUACAACUCGGAAAUCCGAAGUCUGGCGAGCAUUUGCCAGUCGAUCCGGGCCUUAGCUCAAAGCUCGCUGAAGCUUCUAGACUUGGACAUCUCUGGAGUGGAGAAGAUCGGCGACAAGAGCAUGAUGUUAUUGGCGGAGGCGCUGGAAAUUAGCAGAAUUAAGAAUCUCUUCUUAUCGUUCCGUUCCUGCAGAGCGCUAAGCGAUGUGGGGGUGCAAGCCAUUGUGAAUGCAUUACCCAGCAGCGUGACAUUGUUGAAGAUGGAUUUGGGCGAUUGCGAGAUUUCAGAUGCAAGUGUGGAUGCGUUGUCCAGCCAACUGCAGCACAUGCAACACCUUGGCGUCAUCCAAGUGAAUUUGCAUGGCUGCAAGGAAGUUACCGAAACAUCAAUAUCCCGCUUUGUUGGGAAGCUGCCAUGGACCCUGCGCGGUGCCAAGCUUGACCUGAGUGACACAUGCCUGCCAAAGGACAUCCAGAGGAUUUGCAGGCGGUUGACUACAAUGCGCUCAUGGAUGCCCUCGAAGCCCCAAAGCCAGAUCAAGAAUCCAACCUCGACCAAUUUUGUCCAACUUGAACCCGAAAAAGUUGGCCUUGAGCUGCAGAGCGUUGAUUUGUUCCUCCACCGAGGUGUUGUCCAAAAUGUCUCCCCCCCUGCUGUCAAAGUCACAGGGAAAAAACUUUCGUGGCUGGAGACUCUAUGCCCUUCCACUGAUGAGGAAGUGAAGCGUAUGAGUCGAACAUUUAGCGAGCCACACAUCCGACAAUUCAAGCCCCUCCUGCCGUUUGUAGUGCACCCAGCAAGGGGAUGUGCUAUAUCUUCAAUGGCAAGACCUGAGUGCAUGUAUUCCAGACCUCGUACUUCCCACAACGGCAAGUCAGAGCCAAUCUGGUAUCCUUAAUGCAUUAAGACAUUUAAGACAUCUCAAGACCACAAAAGCUCCUCAGCAUCUACGCCAAUUAGGCAUUUGUGCAUUUUGUACAAACUCUAGGGAUGCGUUGCUUGACCUUCAAAAGGACUCAAGAGCAUCCACCGGAGGAACUUGUGGAAACGAAUAUCCCUCCAACCGCCAUUUUCCACCCCUUUGCGAUGUUCUAGUCAGUGAAGUUGAUAGUGUGGAAGGAGGAAAGGCUGAGAGAACG